CAGAUCCAACUGUAAAUGAGACUCCUGAUUUAUUAACUAGCUUCGCGUUCCGAUAACGUCGUUCGUUUGCCUUUUGCUCGUCCGCCGGUUGUCGUAAUUAGCGCGUGUCGCGACUCACCGCGGUAACACGCCCGGCUUGUUUGUCGACAGUUGUUUAGUUCUGUCCUUCUCCCCCCUCUCUACCGUCGGUUUACACCUACAACCCGGUUUGCAGAGUGGCCACCAGGGGCGUCUGUGUACCGUGUAGCGCCACGGUGCUUUCUCUCUCUCUCUCUCGCCUUUUUUUUUUUAUAGAGGGGUUGUCGUAGGUAGUCAAAGGGGUAGUUUUGUGUUGGGGGGUAGGAGGAGGUUGUGUGUCCCUCGCGAGCGUUUUCCCGCGGACCUCACACCCUCUCCUUUCUGUGAAUCACAAUGAGCGCCGACUAGAAGGCCGAGAGAAAAAGGGGACGUGGAGAGAGAAAAUUUUUCGCAAACAAGAACACCGUCAGCGAAGGGAAUAAAAAAAGGGUCUUCCAUUACGGCGUGUCGUCCUGGGCUCUUCGUCCCCAUCCACAGCGUCAUUCUCUCUCUGUGAUCCUCAUAAACCCUCCCCCCCCCCCUUAUCCCCCUCGACCAGGGCGGGCGGGCGCUGGAAUUAAACCACUGGCGGGUCCAAGUGCCUCUCGCGUCUCGCUGUUACCCUCCGCCUUUGUUCGCCGGCUGUGGGGGGGGGGGGGGGGGUAACCGCGAACCGUUUACCGCAGGAGAGCGCGCCGCUUUGCGCUUCACGUGCGCCGGAAAGUACUUCACUCGAGUUUUAUUCUCUCUCGCUUCUCCACCCCUUGCCCCGAACCCCACCGUACGCACAUUUUAUAAUAGUGAAUUUUUCUCUCUCUCUACCCACCCCUCCCCUUUUUGUCUCUUUCUCUUGCGGGGGCUCGACUAUCCUGCCAAGCGGCGCGUGCAACUUCCGCGCGGUUUGGGUGGGAAGGGAGGGAAGAUAUUUCGCUCAGACCAUAGUAGCUUGUUCAGACCAUCGGCCGCGGCAGGGUGUGCUGCAAAAACUGUAUUGCCACCAUGGCGACAAUAAGUCUCGUGGCCCGGGCAUCGAACCACGGGCCCGCGAAAGAUUCACACGCGACGGAAUGUCGCCCUUUUGCCUCAGUUCAAUCAUUUAAAGGAAAUUGAAUUUAAAAAAAAAUUGUGUUGAUUUCAAUUUUGGCGUGUAGCUGUUCGUGGCUCAAACCCGCGCUGUUUUCAGUACAUGUCUUAGCGGUGCCUGUUUACGGAAGAAACCGCCGCGUUGGGGGAUUGUCGUUCUGGUCUUAUCUUUCGUCUCUAUUAUUAUUUUGUGCGAAGUGAAGAUGGCCGUAAUUAAUUCCCAGACAGAGAAAAUUGCGGUACUCUCUCUUGUUAGCGCCGAUUCGGCCAUGAAUUGUUAGGGGGUCACCCACCAAGAGUCUUAGUUUUUUUUUCUUUCGACGCGCACCAGUUGACGCAGCCUGUGAUGGGCGCCAGGGACCCUAGCGGGGUCUCCCCUGGACGCCGCUGACGGGGCCCUCUGUCCGGAGGAGGGCAGGGCCGGUGCGGCGCAGGAAGCAUGUCUGCAGAGGGCGCGCGCCAUGGGACCGAGGCUGUCCAGGACCUCGACGCGGGAGGUGCUGCAGCGGGAUGUGGACCGGGAGAGACGCCUGCGCCUCGACACUGAAGUGCGCCUGCGCGACUCGGCCGCCGAGGCAGAGCGCUGCCGCGCGCGGCUGGCGGCGCUGCAGCGCGAGUUCUCCAGGAUGGACGAGACGGUCCGCUCCAUGCUGCAGUACAAGACGCGCGCAGAGCUGCUGAAGCAGGAGAAGACAUCUCUCACCGUGGCAUACGAGACUCGGAUACAUCAGUUCCAGAACACUAUCACCAAGUUGAACAAAGAAAAUGAGGCUUUAAAGAAUCAGAUCAGGGCUUUGGAAGCAGCAGGUGCGGGAGAGGUGCAGAGCUCGCUGGUGGAGAGACUGCGGCUGCUGGAGGCGGAGAACAGCAGCCUGACCAGGGACGCGGAGCAGCAGAGGACCCAGUACGAGCGCUGCCUGGACGACGUGGCCAACCAGGUCGUCAAGGCCCUGCUGUCCCAGAAGCGACUGCGUGAAGAGAUCAAAAUGCUACAGAAAAGAAUAGAGGACUUAGAGGCGCAGAACCGUGCACUGACUUCUAUCCUUGUUCAGCAGCUGAAUCCGUCUGGAGAAAUGUCCAAGUCUCCUCUUAGCAAACUCCCUUCACCCCACACUCAGCCCUCUUCAAGCGAGGAGCACUGUAGCUCGGAGACAGUCUCCGCCCUGCUGGCCUCUCUCGGCAGUUUCAACCCCAGCGCGGUGGCGUCGGACCUGUACUCGCCGGCGUCGGGGGUCCCGCUAACGCCCAUGACCUCGGAGGCGUCUAUCUCGACGCCCAGCACGGGCGACCUGGCGACGCCCGACGAGGACCGCCAGGGCGCUACCCGCCGGCGGCUGUGGGGCGACCAGCGGCGGGCGCGAGGGGGCGGGUCCCUGGCGGAGCACCCCCCCUUCCGCCCCCCGGCCCUGGUGGCGCUCGCCGCCGGCGACCCCGUGCUGUGGCUGCCCGUGCAGCGGCCGCGCUCGCUCGACCUCCGAGCGGGCGGGCCGGCCGCGGCGCUGGCCCUCGCCAAGUGCUGCCAGCACCGCGCCAAGCCGCUCGUCCUUCACGUGAAUAAGAAGCAGAGCGCAGUGGAGGAGGAGGGCAGCGAGAGUCCGGAGAGCGGCAACAGGGACGAGGGCUACUCCACGAUGUCCAGCGACGUCCAGGGUGACGCCGUACGGACGGCGGAGCCCGGAGGAGUGGCGGUUCUGCCGGUUGCCCACAGGGACCCUCGCAGGGGCCUAGAGGACCUCAAAGAAGAGACGGACGCGGUCGGAUCAGCAGUUCCCGCGCUCGCGGACGGCAGCCAGGCGACCGGCAGACUUCUCGUGGUGGAAGAUGUCUCGGACCCGGACGUCUUCUACGUCCCCAUCGGGCUCACCCUGGGGUUGAGUGCCGGCAAUCCGAGGCACAGUUUCCCCCCAGCUCGAGACCUCCUCCCGUACCAGCACAUCAUGAGGAGCUUCUCCGAUUCACACCUGUGCUUGAGAUUCACGACGGCUUCGUCUCCCGCCUGCGAAGGCGUUCGUUCCACCUGCUCCCUGUCGUCGACCGCUUCCUCGUCUCCCUCCGUGGCGGCCCUGCACGACCAGCUCCAGGCUCGGCCGCUGAGGCGGGCCCGAGCCGCCCCCAGUCUCCUGGAGGAUGAGGCGGGGCCGGAGGAGGAGGACGCGGAGGGCGGCUGGUGGGACGCAGACUACGUGCAGCACUGGCUGCGGCUGGACGACACCCAGUCGACGCUCCAGCAGCAGCACCGCGGCCUGCUGGAGCUGGAGUACGACCGCGCCGAGAUGGAGGACUGGAGCAUGUCGCUGUCGAGCGAGGAUGUCUCGUGCCCACGUGCCGGUGGCCAGGGCGAGGACGCAUCCGGUCGCUCCGCCCAGCACCUGCCCAGCAUACGGGAGAACAACGCCCUGGAGCUGGAGGAAGACUCCAGCGAGUGUCUGUGGAACAGUGCCAGUUACCUCGCGGACAAGCCUGACGGGGAGUUGGUCAGCUUGCUCCUGGACGGCAUGAUGUGCCACAACAGUCCGAAGAACGGCUGGCCGUACGGCGGGAACUUCAGCAUGGCCUCCCCGGGCGGGAGUUGGUCCAGCACGGGCACCAACUCCGAGGAUUGCUGCCAUUCUUACGACUGCUCGUACGUCGGAUGUUCGGGGGCGGGCUGCGAGAACGAUUCCAAGCGCUCGUCUGCAGCAAUGAGCGGGUGUAGCGAUGACGCCACCAGCAUGGAAUCGCCUGCGAUUGGAACGGACUUCACGCGAGACUUCUAUCGUCUCGUCAAGUAUGAAAGUACAAAAAGCUUGGCCUCAACGUCAUCCCGGAGUUUGCCUGGAAACGGGAAUUUUUCUGAAAAUGGUGGUUCUCUUGCACGGAAGCAGGGCUUAGAAAUACAGCACUUGGUGUUGGGAACAAUGCCUUUGUCACAGGACAGAGAGCAAGCCCUGCAAAGUGUUCUGAACUUCAUUGCAGAGCAGCAGCAGUACUGUGCAUCUCGGGAACAGCAGGAUUCUGCCAAAGAAAACACCUUACCCGGCCACAUGUCAUCUGUGAUGCAAAUUGAUAAAGAAGUAAAGCGUGUAGGGAAAAUUGAAAUUUCAGAUAUGAAAGUCUUUCUACAGAACUGUUCAGAUUCAUUUACUGAAAAUGUGUCUACCUUUGAAACAACUAAAUCAGAUGCUGAUAGGCCAUCUGAGACAAGUGUUAACUGUUUAGAGAAAGAACUAUCUAAAGAAACUGAACUUUUGACAGAAACUUCACAAGUUGUUGACGAGGAACUCUGGAAUAAGAAUUCUCGUAUUAUAGACGAAAAUGAAUUUCAUGAAACUAACAUCAGUAACACUUGUAGAACUGUAAAAGAUGUAGAUACAUCAAACAAGUUACCUGAUGUCAUUCAGUUUAAAAUAAAAGAAGAAUCCAAGGAUCAGAGACAUGCAGUAAUAGAACUUGAAACAAUACAGCAACUAUAUCCGGAGGUGCAAGAAAACGAAAUUCAGAAAGUAUCAAACAAGAAAAGUAGGCGGACGGAAGUGUUGAACGAACAGAACUCUUCUUGCCGAAACGUACAAGUGAACAAUAAAACGAGUAACCGCAAAUCGGAUAGAUUUAACGAUGGUAGCGUGGAGGGCGGCAAAACCGUUUAUCAACAUCAGUUGAUAGAUGUCGAUGGAGGUCUAGGUCAUAUCAGGAACGUUAGUGUAGAAAACGCGGCUAAUUUGAAGUGUGUGCAAGAAAGUGUGGCUCUUUGCAGCGCGGACUCUGUCAGGGAUCCCGGAAGCGAGGAGAAGUGCGACGUGGUGGACGGCGUGACGAGCGCGGGGAUGGAGCAGGCAGGCCCGUGCGAGGGGGGGAAGCCCACGGCGCCCGACGGCCGAUACGCGAGCGUGGCAAGGAGGGCCAGCGACGUCCUGGUGACGGUGAUGGAGGAGGAUGACGAGCACGCCUCGCUGGAAGGGAACGCGAGCCGGGAGAUGAGCGAGUCCCUGACGUCGACGGUGUCGACCCCCGACACGGUGGUCAGCCCCGGCGUCAGGAGGAGGCAGCAGCCCCCCGAGGAGCACGGCCUGAUCGUGAUGGACGCGAGGGCUCCCAGCUUCCACGAGCGCGCCACCUCCAAGGACGUCAUCGAGGAGCUGAACCGCAUGAUCCGCAAGGGGGAGGAGGGGGCCCCCGCGGUGCCCGUCUCCACGCCCGGGGCCUGCGAGGGGGACUCGGCGGCCCCCGGGGCCUCGCGACUGGACGUGGCGUGCUGCUGCCCGACGGGCUGGGUGCACGUGGAGAGGGACAUCGACUUCACCGACCCCAAGGCGCGGGCGAACCUGCUGGACGUGAUGCUUGCCUCCAGCGGUAGCUCCAGCAGUAGCUCCAGCAGCAGCGACAGCGGGGAUGAGCCCGCGGACUACCAGCACCUACACCGACUGCACAGAUUCCGGCGCCAAAAGAAAGCGUCGGCAAGCCGAGAGCAGAUGGGGGUGCUGCGCUACCCCGCGUCCAGCCCGCGUCCUUCGAUCAUCGGCCGGGAGGGCUUCUACGUGCGCUACGGCGAGAAGGAGCGGGAGGCGGUGGCCAGCUUCGACUUCCUGGAGGAGCUGUCGACGACGUCCGCGAGCGGAACCUCGUCGGGCGAGACGGCGUCGCGGAGGCGGGGCUCCUCCGAGCCAGACGCCACGACGCCGGGCAGCGAGGAGGGCGACGGCAGGACAGAGGGGCAGGUUUCCUUGGGCGGCUCGUGCGGGGCGAGUUUAUCCGGGUCGUCGGGCAGCCUCGAGACCCGGAUGUAACGGACUGCAACCGUUUGUUCCCCCGCUGGUUGGAGCUCCAGCGUUACUGCGACUCACGUAGAGAGGAGAAAAAAAAAGGCAUGGAUUCCUACAGUUCACACUACAUAACUUUGCCGGUCUACUCAUUUGGACAAAAAAAAUAAAAAUAUGUUCUUGCAAAAAGUGCUCUCCUGAUUACUAAAAAAAAAAAAUUAGACUUGAAACAGAAUAAGAAAAAAAAAAUUAUAUGUGGUACUACUCUAUUUAAAAGAAAUUAGUUCCAAUCACUGUUUAAAAUAUCAGUAUUGGUGUCCAUUUUAAGGAUGUGUACUUAUUUCAUAGUCAAUAGCAAUGUGUAAUUUAUAUGAUUUUUGAUUAUAAACGUUCAGUUGACCAGGUCCACAUCAUGCUUGCUACAAACAACUCACGUGAAAAUGUUUUAAGAAUUUUAUUUGUGUUACAACUAGUUUAAUUUUUUGAUAUGUUCUCCUAUGUGUGUACAUAUUUAAACAUUAGAUUGACAUUAGCAAUUUUCAGUUUUACAAAAAAAAAUAUUAAUAAUUUUUAAAGAAAUGUACCUACCAGUCUGAUCUGUAAAAUCUAAGUCCUAAAUCGUCAAUUUUUUAGCUAGUCUCUGAUUUUCAUCACUGAUAAUGAUGUGCUCAAUAUAAGUUUUGGUUAAGUUAGGAAAUCUUUUUGUAAUAAGUGGUUAAAUACUUUGUACAUUUAUCAACUUCAGAUUUCAAUAUUGAAAUACCUAGAUUGUUUACAACAUUUGAGAAUUUAUAUUAUUUUAGUGAUGCUUAUAAUGAGUAAUGCAAUAAUGGUAUAGUAUGUAGCCAAACACAGUAUAAUUCAAAUACCUCAGCCCAUAUCACAUUGCCAGUGAAAUGCAGAUAUACUACUUUUAUUUUCUUCUGAUGGUUACUAGGCAUAUCUUCAAUUUUUUUCAAUUCUUGUGAUUGUACUGUCUCAUUAUCUGUGUACAAUUCAGAUUUUAUAUCCCAUUUUGUUACCUGUAUUUUGGAUAUAUUACACAUACCUAUUUAAUUUGUGCCCAUGAUAAUUUUUUACUUAUUUUAAUUUGUUAAUGUUAACAUAUUCUAAAUAUUUAAACAACUGGUCAUUAGGUCUUAAAUAUUAGAGCUGUUUAAAGAAUUAGCAUAAGCCAUUAAAAUAUGUUCAGUUAUACCUGUACAUACCUUUAAUUUGUAAUGGUGUGUUUGUUGAAGUUCAGAUGCCAUGAACUUCCCCAAAAUUCUUAUUAGUUUUUGUUUAUUGAUGCAUGUACUUAACAGAGAAAUUAAUGUAGCUUCAUAUGAAUUUAAAAAAUAUAAUAUAUAUUUUUAUUUAAACAGACUAGUUAUUUUAUAUGCAGCAAAUUGUAAGAUUUUAAGUACCUACAAUGAUAUUACAGACUUUUUUUUGUUUUAUUGUGAUCCAACUUUAGAAAAAAAAAUUGAGCAGUUAGUGACAUAAAUAUUCUUAGUCCAUUAAUUAUGUGUAUAUUAUGAUGGUACACAAAUGAAUCGUGAAUGUAAAUGGAAGUUAAAAACUGUGGUAAGUGGAAUGUAUCUGUAGCCACAACAUAUAUUUUGUGUAGAAUUUGUUGUGAUGGGUAUGAUGUGAUUCUUAUUGUAUAGAACCAGUUGGCGGAAGCUCAAAGUUGACCAUGUGAUGAUAGCGUAGGCCUAAGUGCAAUUUUUACCUUCCAUUGUAUGAAACCUAGUAUGUGAGCUGGUUGCAGGACAAAUGGUGUGUAUUUUUUACUGUAAAUAGUUUGUAUUAUACAAGAAAACAAUUUGAACUAAAA